UUGUUAUAAUCAUCGGUUUAGUUGAUGUCGAGGAAAAAAAACCAGCGGUGCAACGCAAAAGUGUUGUUUAAAUCCACUGCAAAUCGCUCUCUCACAGCGCUAUUGCCUGUCAGCUACAUCGCACUAUGGAAAGCAUUGAAACCAUAAUAAGUGAAAGUACUGAAAACAAUAAUGACAAACCAAAGGUGGCUUCCAAUUUGGAUUAUGAUAAAUCUAAAGGAGAGUUUGUGUGGACCCUUGAGGUCACCUGGCAGCUGGUCCGCACCCGACUCUCCAUGGAUGCCGAGUUCGACCAGCCAGUGUGUAAGAAGAAGAAGCUGUGGGAGACGGUGGCCGAGAGAGUGACAGCCAGUCUCCAGGAGGCGGGUCACCCCGGCGGCACUGUGAAGGCCUACGAGUGCGACCUCAAGUGGAGGAACAUGCUGGCCACCUACAGGAAGAACGCAGAGCGCGCCAGGCGGCUGGGGGCUCAGAGCGUGCACUGGGAGUUCUUCCCAGCCAUGCACGACGUCCUGGGCAGGAGCGGAGACGAGGCCAAGGUGCAGAGGAAGUCGAAGCCGCACACGCAGAAACUGGGCCCCCCUCUGGCCAGCAAGCACUUCACACCCAUCCUCCCCACCCCUGCUCUGCCCCUGGCCCCUCAGUCCUCUCGACCCUCCCAGGAUGUGCUGCACUUAUAUCUGGAACUGCAGGAGAGGAAAAUGAACCUGUGGAUGCAACAGAAGGCCCUAGAGGAGAGGAAGAUCGAAGCCAUUAAUAACCUAGCCAGAGCAAUAUCGAGCUUGGCUGAGGACGCCAGGUUACAGUUGCCGAAGGAAGCCAGGUAGCCAAUCACAUCAAACGCUGGCCGCGUCCGGGGCAACGGUUGCUGAGUGACAAAACCCUGCCACUCAGAAGAGCAUUUUAUUUUUCGACUCAGAGCUUCAACUUCCAGAGAUUUAUUUUUGGCCUGUGUACUAAACUUCAGUUUAAAACCCAGACUGUACAAUUUAAAAACAUUCAAUAUUUGUUACAUUUAUAAAUUAAAAACGGUGUGUUUACAUUUUCUUUGGAUAUACUCUUGAAGAAUCUGUAACUUUUUUUUUUUAACCAGUUGUCACCUGCUACUGUGAGGGUACAUAUAUGGACGCGGCUCUUUAUCGGAUUAAUAAUAAUUUAAAAGCAAUAAAGAAUGAGGUUGGGGCGAUGAAGAAACAUUUGCAGUUGAUCUGAGUGAAAACCCAAAGUACUAUUUUGCACAUCAGUCUGUCAGUUUGCACCUGCGAUUCAAGACUGUGCUGUCAAAGCAUUUUGGGAAGG